AUGUCCCGCUCAACCCGUGACUGGACCGCCGAAAAGACCGCCAAACAAGAACAGCUCCCCUUCGGCCUCGUCAGCCGUGUCGACGGAGAUCAACGGUUGAAGGACCCGAAAGUGCAGGAGGAGUUUUGGUCAACGUUUAUACAGGCUCGAUAUCAGGCUGAACUAUUCAAACUUCUGGCGAAGGAAGGGGAUGAGUUGUCGGGUGCAUUGUCAGAGCUGUCUCUGGAUGUCGAGAGUGGGAAGGCAAGCACAGGGGAGAAGGCAGUGAUGGGGAUUUUAGCAGACCUCCGCAAACUCCGUGAAGGCAUACUCGCAUCUCACCGACACGACGCCUUCGCCCUCACGAUCUACGAAGCCAACGUACGGCUCGCUGUGUUGGCAGGGAAGGCUGAGCAUUGUUUGCCUGCGUUGAGGGGCUUGGUGUUUGGGUUGGGGCGUGAGGGGAGGGGGGAGUUCGAGGAGAUGUAUCUACUCCACCUCGUCUGCAGUUUCGAGUUUCAGGAGUUUUAUUCUACCACCGCGCAGUUGAAGUUGCGGAAGACGCUCGCAAACCACCUUGCACACGCCCUCAUUCACUCCAACUACAUCUCAUAUUGGCGUUUAUACACCGCUGCAAACCCGUAUCAGAGGGCUAUCAUGCGGAGAGCAGAACCACGAAUGAGGGAGAGGUGUCUAGAUGUUGUUGGGAAGGUUUAUUAUACUGUGGAUGUGCAGGAUUUGGGGAGGUGGACGAAUGAGGCGUGGAGGGGGAAGGGCUGGAGGGAGGAGGGGGGUAAGGCUGUUGUGAGGGAGGUUAGACGGAAGUGA